UUGCCUCUAUGUAGUACGCACAUGAAAGCCUACACAAAGGUCACUCCACCACUCCUAAUUGCAAAGGGUAACGCUUCCACCAAAACAGAGGACAAAUCUGCAGAGGUAGCAUGGCAGAAGGUGCGGUUGUUGAAGGGCUGAAGCUAGAGCAGCGCCACGGCAAGGAAAGAGUGAGAGUUGGGAGAGUGUGGAGAGAUGUUGACGGCACCCAUCAUUUCGUCGAGUGGAACGUCAGCAUCCGCCUCCUCUCCGAUUGUAUCCCUGCAUAUGUCACCGGCGAUAAUUCUAACAUCGUCGCCACCGAUACCAUGAAAAACACCGUGUAUGUUAAAGCUAAGGAAUGUUCUGAACGGAUCCCAGUGGAGGUUUUUGCCAUUAAACUUGCCAACCACUUCUCUACUUUCUACCACCCGGUCACCACCGCAAUUGUCAAUAUUGCGGAAAAGCAAUGGGAGCGUGUCUCUGUAGAUGGUCAAUCCCAUAAACAUGGUUUUAAGUUGGGAUCUGAGGAGCAUACGACAGAAGUUGUAGUAAAGAAAUGCGGAGCUUUGCAGGUGGCUUCUGGUAUUGGAAAACUGAAAUUGCUUAAGACAACUCAAUCAGGCUUUGAAGGAUUUAUAAGGGACAAAUACACGAUGCUGCCAGAUACACAGGAGAGAUUAUUGGGAACUGAGGUCACUGCAUCAUGGAGAUAUGCUUUCGAUUCUCUUGAAAAUAUCCCUGUGCAGCCACUUUACUUUUUCAAUAGCUAUACUGGUGUGAAAAAGGUUUUGGUCGACACUUUCUUUGGCACUCCUAAAAUGGGAGUAUACAGUCCAUCUGUUCAGUACACUCUAUACGAGAUGGCAAAGGCUGUUCUGGGAAGGUUUCAUGAUUUAUCAUCAGUUGACUUGAAGAUGCCAAACAUUCAUUUCCUACCAGUUAACCUGUCGAGCAAAGAUAAUCCGGUCAUUGUGAAAGCUUGUGAAGAGACUGAGCAACUAGUCUUGGACAGUUGUUGUGAAAAGCAGUCAUAAGUUGCAUAGGAGGUCAUGUUUUAUGAAUCUUGUACUAAAAUGCAUCUGUGAUCUUUGGCUGAAGUCCAACUUUUAACUUCAGUGCUUCCUCUGAACUUUGUAACACUGCAGUGGCAGUGUGGAUGAGACGAUAGAAAUGAGAAAUUCUGUAGUACGCACGCUAGAUUCAUCUACAGAUAUGCUAAGCUGUAACUGCUGUCUGUAAUUGACUUUUGCAGUUUGAAGAUGAUGUAUAUUUACCAACUGAUGAACCACAUGGAGCAAUUGAAGCGAGUCUAAGCCGCAUUCGUUCGAAGAUGUAAAUGUGUAGUGCCUGGGGAAAAGUUUUCCCUACGUUGCUGAGGACUCGUGCUUGUAGAUAUGGUCAUUCUGACUGUUGUACAUGAACUCCAACGGGAUGCUUUCAUUAGCCACCCAAUUGUACAUGACUCUAAUAAUCAUCACCGGAAUAAGCUCUCUAUUAACGAUUAUGUAAAUGUGUGUGUCAGCUUUUAGUACAAAGAACAGUAUGUAACCUCAGCAUCCCAACUCACAGCAGAAGUGAUAAUUAACUGUUUUUUCCAUCACAAACUUCUUCAGCAUUUUGUGCCUGAAUAAAAGACACCGAAACGUGGUUUGUCAA